AUGGCCAUCACAAGUUUCUCUUUUGUCGUAGAGUUCACGAACUCUCUACUGUACAUAUCUAUCUAUCUAUCUAUCUAUCUAUCUAUCUAUCUAUCUAUCUAUCUAUCUCUUUCAUAUGUGUCUCUCUUCAAAUAUUGUCAUCUCACUCCCCCACCAGUAUUUGUUUCUCUUCUUUUCUCUGUUUAUUUUCCCUUUAUUGUUCUAAUUUAUUUUCAGGUUUCUUCUCAUUUUUGCGCUUUUUCUGGUCGUUGUUUUUCUUCUUCACUUCAUCUCUCUCUCUCUCUCUCUCUCUCUCUCUCUCUCUCUCUUCUUACGUCUUCACUUCUUCAUGUUUAUUGCGUCCAUAUUUCCCUUAAAUCUUCUUUUUUUUUUCUAUUCCUUUUUUUCUCUUCCCUUUCUACACUUAUCCUUCAUUUUUUUUCUCACCUCAUUCCGUCACUAUAUUUUCUUCAUAUUUUCAUACGAAUUUAUUUACUUCCGUUUUCAGCCAUUUUUCUUUUUUUCCUUCCUUUCCCAGAGAUUUCAUUUCUCUUUUGGAUUCUAGAUGACGGCAUAAUUCUCCAUCAUAUUCCAUACCUUCUUUUACAUUUGCUUUCUAUCAUUUUCAUUUGUGAAUACAUAUAUACAUACAUACAGACAUAUCUAUCUAUCUAUCUAUCUAUCUAUCUAUCUAUCUAUUAUUGUUUGUUUCUUUCUUUCUUUGUAUGCAUGCAUCUAGCUAUCUACCUUUCUUUCUUUCUUUCUUUCUAUGAUUCUUUCAUUUUUCCUUCCUUUCUUUCUUUCUUUUUUGCUUUCUUUCUUUGUCUGUCUAUCGAUCUAUCAUCUAUCUGCCUUUAA